AUGUCCUCGGAGUCUAUCACCGUGCCGCUGGGCGAGGCGCCCGAAUUCACUCCGGUGGUCCAACAGCUUCCCGUCAACUGGCCUGAGAAUAUCAUGUAUAUUACUGAACAGACAUAUUCCUCCAAUGUCUCCGCAGAGCUACGCGACGGUCUUAGCAGGAAAACAAGUGAGAGUGAAUCUUUCCAACGUAUCCCGGCAAAUCUUCUUCAAUAUCCAUGCCCACGAGUGGCGAUCAAGAUAAUUGACAAACCAGAACAUCCCGCUCAUGGGCAACGUGGAUUAUUUGCAGCCGAGAAUCUACCGCCCGACAGCUUCAUUAUCGUCUACACAGGUCACGUCCACAUGAAUAGUAUGUCAGAUACAGACCCGGACAGCGACUACGACUUGACUUUAGAUAGAGAUCUGGGGCUCUCGAUCGACGCUGGCUAUCGCGGCAACGAGGCUCGGUCUGCCAACGACUUUCGAGGCGUCGCCGAGAGACCCAAUGCGGAGUUUCGCGAUUGUUUCAUCAAAGUUCCGUCUGAUAAGAGAGUGGGAGGCACUAAAUGGGAGCGCCGGGUGGGUAUCUUCGUGCUAUCAGCAGGCAACGCCGGCAAGCGUAAAGCUGGGAUUCGCCAAGACGAAGAGAUCCUGGUGUCUUACGGGAAAGGCUUUUGGGAAGCUAGAAAGACAAUUGCGACGUUUCGGCGAGACGCCGAGAUGUUGAAAAUCGCAAACGCAGCAUUGGACGCAUGA